UGUUCGCAAUAUGGAUGUAGAAGCCAAAAAUAUAUAUAACCAAACGUUUGAAUUUCUUGCAACCAAACCAAAUCACCAUCAUCACCGCCACGUGGUUGGAAGUUGGAACCACUCUAUUCCUUCAUCUCUCUUCCAAUUUGAGAUCGUCUCAAUUGUGUGUGCCCUAAAUCAUUCCUGAUCAUAGAUACCACUUGCAGGUAACACACAUUGCCCUCAGCCAAAACUGUGUGUAAGAGAAAGCCAAUACGAUCAUCCUCAACGUUUUCAUUUGCAUUUCUUCUUCCGACUCAUUCGAUUUAGAAUCCUUGUAAUCAAAGGGUUACACCAUAAUAGCCACAUCAAGGUUUUCAAAACAUUGCAUUUUGCCGGAUUCUUAAUUGAAAAAAAAAAUUCGGUGAUCAAAACGCGUUUUAGCUCAUGGAUCGUGACAAUUACUUUAAUUAUCCCCUGCUUUUCGAUAUUAGUGGCUUUGUGUAUUAAUUAUGAACCAGAUCAUGAAUGAAGUGUGUGAAUUUACUUAGAUGAAUGUAUGGAGCAUAUGGCGCCACCUCCAUUAAUGGAGAUCUGUUAUCUAUUAAUUGUCAUUAUAAAGCUGUCUACCAAUUGGCAUUAUCACCUUUUGAUCAUGCAUUGAGCUACUUGUACUGUGAAUUAAGUACCAGUCCAUUAGGGUUCUUAUUCAUUGCUAGAUUCAAUUCUCAUUCAUCUUACACUUCAAACACUCCGAAUUGUUAGUAUUACAUUCAAACGCCCUACCAUAUCAAAUCAUAUGGUUAUUCAGCAUUUAACGUGGCACUUUAAUAUGAAUUCAGUAGGGGACAGAAGUGGAUGUUUCACCUAACAUUAUUAACUCAUGAGCUACACAGCUACCUUCAAAGUUGACUUCUAAAAUCACUUAAAAAAUCUAUUCUGAUGAUGUCUUUCUUUUAUGUGUCAGGUUGCUGAUCUCAAACAUACCUAAACCCCAAUUUGUUUAUGCAAACAACAAUAUAUAUAUCUCUCUCUCAUUCCCAUUUUCACAUAUUGAUGAAAUCGAUUAUUCUAGAAAGAUGGUUGUUUGAGGGUUUUUAAAGCUUUAAUGGGAGUAAAAUGGAAACUCGUGUUCCCAGUUUAUUCCUCUACAAAAGAAGAACACAUUCCUGCAAAAACCUUUGAAAGUCAAAUGACAGAGUCAAACAUGGUGGGGCCUGAAUCUCCAUUGCCUGAGCCUCUAAUGGAUCGUGAUCUUGCAGCAUUGAAGCUUCAGAAAACAUACAAAAGCUUCAGAACCAGAAGACAGUUAGCUGAUUGUGCAAUACUUGUUGAACAUAGAUGGUGGAAGCUCUUGGAUUUUGCUGUGCUCAAGUGUAGUUCUGUAUCAUUCUUUGAAAUUGAAAAACCAGAAACUGCUGUUUCACGUUGGUCAAGAGCAAGAACACGAGCUGCAAAGGUUGGAAAAGGGUUAUCACACCAUGCAAAGGCAUGUAAACUAGCCUUACAACAUUGGCUCGAAGCAAUCGAUCCACGACACCGUUAUGGUCAUAAUCUUCAUUUUUAUUAUGUCAAAUGGCUUCAUUGCGAAAGUAAACAACCCUUUUUCUAUUGGCUUGACAUAGGGGAGGGCAAAGAGGUCAAUCUUGAAAGAUGCUCGAGGUCAAAGCUUCAACAACAAUGCAUCAAGUAUCUAAGUCCCAUAGAAAGGGAGGAUUUUGAAGCUACAGUGGAAGACGGGAAGUUUAUUUAUAAAUUGAGUAGGAAGCUUAUUGAUACACGAGAACCCACGGGUGUGAAAUGGAUAUUUGUGCUUAGUACUUCAAAUAUUUUAUAUGUUGGGAUGAAGCUUAAAGGCAAAUUUCAACAUUCGAGUUUUUUGGCUGGUGGUGCUACAUUGUCUGCUGGACGAUUGGUGGUUGUAGACGGUAUCUUGAAGGCUGUGUGGCCUCAUAGUGGACAUUACCUCCCAACCAAAGAAAAUUUUGAAGCUUUCAUUUCGUUUCUUGAGCAACACCAAAUUAAUAUCCAAACUAUUAAGAAAAGCCCAGAUGGGGAUGAAGAAGUACCAAAUGAAAAAAUGACGGGAUACGAAAUGCGGAAUAGUGUAUCAGAGCCGGAUUUCUCUCGAGCUACAGAAGAAACCGAAUCCAAAUACCGAAAUGAUUCCAAACCACAAAGGGAAAGGUCGGGCACUUGUCCCCCAUUUUCAAACCCAAAGAUCCCCACAAUUGAAAUCCCAACAAAAGAAGACAUCAUUUUGUCAUUCCAAACUUCAGAAUCCCAAACAGGCCCUACACCCGAACCAAAACCGGAACCUGAACCCAGUCACUCCUCAGAUGAAGGGGAUGAUCAUGAUGAAACAGCUGAAAAACUGUUGUCAAGUAUCGAACUCAUGGUAUCCAAACGGAAUCUUUUUGAUUCGGGAGAAGAAGGGUAUGAGUUUCCGGUUUCGGAGGAGAAGAUUAUGGAGAGGAUUAAUUCACAUAAAGAAACAAAGUCUUUUCAGUUGGCUAAACAGCUGAGCUGUCGGUGGACAACGGGUGUGGGCCCACGAAUCGGGUGUGUACGAGACUACCCUACGGAGUUACAGUUUAGGGCUCUUGAGGUGUGCUUGUCACCCAAAAACUCUCUUUGGAGAUUGGGGUUUAAAAAUUGUGAAAUAAGUAAUAGGAGGAAAAAAAGCUAUUCUUUAGCGAAUAUAGAAGAAUUUUCAAGAAGUCAUCAAAGUUUAGACUAGGAAUCACAUUUUAGGAUCAAAUUUUGUAAUAAUAUGUUUUCAUUACUUUUUCUAACUUGUCUUUGUAUAUGUUUUCAUCGUUUGUAUUUACCUAUUUACCUUUCCCCUGAUGUUUCAUAUGCGUGAUUUGUUUACACUCUUAUUAAAUAUAAAUACCUGUAUAAACUCUUUGUCAAAUACCAUUACAACAUUUCUUGAAAAAAGAUCAAGAACGUAUUGAGACUAACAAGAAGUCAACUUUCAUCAUUCUUUGAGGCAAAAAAAAAAAAAAAAAAAAAAAAGUCAACUUUUGUUGAAGUCUCAUAUGAUUACAUGAA